ACAGCUAUGCUUCUAGCCGAGUUAGCAAACGCACAUCGAACUCGAACAAGUGUUAGUUCGACUGGGCUGCCGUCAAACUGGUCUCAAACGACCGAGCCGGGCCAAAGCCCGACUUGCAGAGCCGCCAGUCAGUCGCAGUUGGUCGAUCGGAGCGAGCGGACGUCUUAGCGCGAGAAUCGAGGAGAAUUAGACCGCAGAACUUGGAGAUCGAGGGCCAGCGAAGAGUGAAGAACUUACGAACUGAAAGAAUACGAUCGCGAUCGCGUGUGAGGGUUUGUGUGUGUUCGCGAGAGAUGCGCCUUUGAUGAGCAGUUGAUCGGUCACAGGCUUAGGGUUUCGGGGUCACCACUUCCAAUGGCCGGCAGACGCCACCUGCUGCUGGUCCUGCUGCUGAUCCUGCAGCUGAUCGCCACCACGCCCGCGUCGCGCAGCCUCAGCGUGAAUGGCAACAACAUUUGGCGGCGGGUGCGCCUGGUGACCAGCCAGGAGACCGACCGCAACGCCUACCAGGUGCUCAAGCCGAGCAGUCGGAAUGCCACCAGCACCACCACUAGUACCAGUAGCAGUACCAGUACCAGUACCAGUACGACGACCACCAGCACCAGCACCAGCACCACUCCGGCAGCUCCUCAAUUGCAGCGCUCUGCUAAGCAAUUGGAUCUCAAUAUUCCGGGCGGCAAUGUCUCGAGUGCCGCCCGCCUGGAAAUGUCCACGGAAUUCUUCGUGGUGCCCACAAUGGCCAGCAGCUCGAGCAGCACCACAUCCACCACCACGGCGGCCACGCCCCGGCGGAGCCUGGGGGCCAAGGCGCGGGCCGCGGGCACCACCGGCCGGGUGGCGCCGGGCAGCGGCUCCAACAGCUCGAACAGCUCCAACACCCCGCCCAGCAUAGUGUCCACCCACCUGCCCUUCGCCGGACUGCGCAAGGAGCCGUGGGUGGUGCCGGUGCUGGUCCUGGCCACGCUCACCAUGCUCAUGAUGGCCGCCUUCGAGAUCUUCGUGCUCUUCAAGGCCUGGCGCACGUCGCCCUCGCGACGACACCUCUUCCUGGGCCAGAUGCUGCUCCUCGGGCUGUUCGCCUGCGCCAGCCUGGGCGCCAUCAUCACGGCCCAGCCCACGCUGCUCAGCUGCGGGGCGAUCCGCUUCGGGGUGGGCGUGGCCUACGCCCUGGUCUUCGCCGCCCUGCUGGUCAAGUGCGUCUUCCUGAUCAGCCUGAACGGGGGGGUGUACCUGCCGGCUCCGUACCAGGGCCUGCUGCUGCUCUUCGCGCUGCUCAUCCAGGUGGCGAUCGGUGGCCAGUGGCUGCUCACCCAGCCGCCGGAGGUGUACACCACCAGUGUGCCGGUGAUGGGCAGCGGCUUCCUCAGCAGCACGGUGGCCUCGCAGACCAACUACUCGGCGCUGUUCUACCCCACGUCCUACACAACGCUGGACGGCACCCCGGAGAUCUACACCCGGAUAGCGGCGGUCAGCACCGUGCUGAUACCGCUCUGCAAGACGCAGUUCUCGGAGCUGCUCUUCUCGCUGAUCUACAUCGUCUUCCUGAUCGUCUUCAUCGCCGUGCUGGCCAUCAAGUCGCGGGGCAUCCGGGACAACUACCGCGAGGCCACCUACAUCGGCCUGGCCAUCGGCGGCGCCAUACCCAUCUGGCUGGGCUGGAUGCUGUGCGGUUUGGCGGUGGCCGAGCGGCACAAGGACGCCUGCGUGGCCUUCGGCCUGGUGGCCACCUCGGCCACCGUCUUCCUGGUCAUGUUCAUGCCCAAGGGGCGGCAGCUGGCCGCCAUGGGCAAGGAGGGGCUCUACGUGGAGGACCGCGAGGAGCAGUUCAGCUCGCUGAGCCGCGCCGGCUCCGGCUACUCGCCCUCCUUCUUCCACUUCAAGCCCAUCAAGUACGGCGUGAUGGGUGGCUGCGGACUGCCCAACUCGGCCUCGAAUACGGGCCAGGGACUCAGCUCCAAACACUGCUCUAGUGCCAACAACGGAGGUGAUCGGGUUGCCUUGGUCACCGCCGCACCGCCGAGCUAUACGCGUAUGUAUCACUAUUUUCCAGCACACCUGAGUCCGCACCCGUUCUGCUAUUAUCCUCCCGCACCACCUCCACCACUGCCACCGCAACCACCGCCACCACAGCAAGCCGCACCGCCCACGCUCACGCCGUUGACCCUCAAACAGUUGGGCAACUCGCUGACCUCCAUGACACAGGCGGCGCAAUUGGCCAAAACGCUGCGCUAUGCGCCAGGCAUGUUUAUACGACCAGACGAAACGAAUCUCUACACUACGCUGGAGCCCACGUUGAGCAGCAAUCCGAAUGUGUACUUCCAACGCAGCGGGGCCGUUCAUCCCGGCAUCCUCUACUGAAUAUCCGACAGAGCGGUGAAGUCCGAGCAGCGAGAACACUGGAACUGAGUAUUUUUUUAGCAUUAAGCUACGGCUCCCAAGGAGCAGCAAUAAGCGAAUUGAUAUUCUCCGAUCAUUUCAAGUAGUGUAAUAUUUUUGUCAUAAUUGCUAAGCCCUUUGCAUCUUAAUUUAUGCGAUACAAGGAACACACAUAACGACCUAGUAAAUUAAGGAUCAGACUCGACCUGAACGCUGGAAUUUUGAUAUAUUCCUUUCGGUCAGGAGGGUAAGAACUCCGAUGACGAUGCAAUAGAACUGCAGUCCUAGUUUACGAUACAAACCAUCUACACUGGUUACAUUUACACUCUCGAUGUAGCAACGAUUUUAUCGAAUAAGUCUUCAAAAGCAGUGGCCGGCCUUGAAUCCUAACUAAUGUUAAAGUGUUAAAAACGAAUUAGAAACAUUAAGUAAGAUUACUUUUGGCUUGUGAUGUAAAAGUAAAUUGUACUUUAAAAUUUUUGUAAUAUUUGGACAGAACCAACUGCUCUGCUUUUGAAAUAACUCAAGAUCGCAGGGGCAAUUCAUGUGGAUAAAUUAUGCCAACAAAUAGUAUAAAAUGAUCUUGGCUGGACUUUGCAUAAAAAGCAUUAAGUUACGCUUGAAUGUCGAGAAAAGAAAACCCUAGUUCCCGUGAAUCCACCUGAUGUCCAUCAAUGUUUGUCAGCAAUAUGUAUACAGAUGUCUUGCCCCUGCGACACACACACAAAUACCAGUAAGUAAUAGGCUUAAUAAACAUUUGUCUAGCCAAGUAAAACGAUCGCUUAAGCAAACACGAAAUGUUGUACAUAUAGCAAUGGCCCCCAGCCGCACACACACA